CUUGCGAAGGGGUAGUUUAGUAAAUUAGUUAAUUGGUCAGUGUCCUGAUUUCUGAGUGCAAAGUUCUUGUUCCAGUUCCAGUUGGUGUAGGUGGUGGUGGGUGGUGGGUCUUUCUCAGAUCAAAUUCUUUCAACAGACCAUCUCCUCUAAAGGCUCUAACAAUCUUCUUUCCCACCCUCCAUAUGUAGAUUUAGAGAGAGAAAGUCCAUAACAUUCUGAGAGAGACAGAGAGAGAGAGAGGAUUAAUUGAUAAAGGUGGUUUCUUUUCUGCCGGUAUUCUUGUUAUUUGCUAUUGGGGUCAUAGCUAGACAUGGGUAAUGGGUUCUUCACUUUAGUUUUACGAUACUGAUUGGUUUAAGAGAAGAAGAGCACAAUGUCUUUGAAGAGCAGAGGAGCUGAUUCAACUUCAAAGAGUGUUUUGUCUAGAAAGUUGACUCCUUUUCUAUGCAUUGGAUGCUUCCUUGCUGGGAUGCUCUUCACCGACAGGAUGUGGGCAGUGCCAGAAGCUAAAGUCACACGAAGGAGAAUGGGGAUUGAAGAUGAAAGGAACGUUGAAAAGAAAGAGUCAAAGGAAAUACUUGGGGGAGUUUCGAGGAGACAAGAUGCCAUACAAACACUUGAUAAAACAAUUUCAAAUUUGGAGAUGGAAUUAGCUGCUGCAAGGGCUGCACAGGAUCUUAUCCUUAGUGGUUCUCCCAUAUCCGGUGACUUGGGGAUUUAUGAACCUGAUAGGAAAAGAAAAUAUCUAAUGGUCAUAGGUAUUAACACUGCUUUUAGCAGCCGGAAGAGAAGAGACUCAGUCCGUGCUAGUUGGAUGCCACAAGGUGACAAACUGAAGAAACUCGAGAAAGAAAAGGGUAUCGUAAUUCGGUUUGUAAUAGGUCACAGUGCUUCAUCAGGUGGUAUUCUUGAUAGAACUAUUGAAGCAGAAGACAAGAAGCACGGUGAUUUAUUGAGGCUGGAUCAUGUCGAAGGGUACCUCGAACUGUCAGGCAAGACAAAGAAGUAUUUUGCUACGGCUGUAGCUUUGUGGGAUGCGGAGUUCUACGUCAAAGUUGAUGAUGACGUUCAUGUAAAUAUAGCUACACUAGGAUCAACUUUAGUGAGGCAUCGUUUGAAACCCCGGGUGUAUAUUGGAUGCAUGAAAUCUGGUCCAGUCCUUGCUCACAAGGGAGCAAGAUAUCAUGAACCUGAGUACUGGAAAUUUGGUGCGGAUGGAAACAAGUAUUUUCGUCAUGCUACUGGGCAGCUAUAUGCUAUUUCAAAAGAUUUGGCUACUUAUAUAUCAAUCAACCAACAUGCUCUCCAUAAGUAUGCUAAUGAGGAUGUCUCCGUGGGAUCUUGGUUUAUUGGAUUGGAUGUGAAGCAUAUAGAUGACCGGAGAUUAUGUUGCGGAACCCCACCUGAUUGUGAGUGGAAAGCUCAGGCAGGCAAAAUCUGCGUUGCUUCCUUUGAUUGGAGCUGCAGUGGGAUUUGCAAGUCCACUGAGAAGAUCAAGGAGGUUCACCGACGGUGUGGGGAGGGCGAUAAUGCUCUGUGGAGUACAGUUUUCUGAUGAGCAAUUCAUGUCUUCAAGCCUCUCGUGGAAGCACGUAGAUACACGAGUGAGCUUGUAUUACGGUAAUUAGGUAGAGAAUUGUAUGUAACAACAAACUCUAAUAUGUAAUAGAGACUAGGGAGGGGAUGCUGGUGUGGGAUUCUUCUCCAUUUUAGGCAAGGAGAGCAAGAGCUUAGCAGUAAGCCAGUAACAAAGUAAAUUAACAAGACUGUAACUAACAUUCUUUAGAUUCUUAAAUGCUGUCUAUAUGAUUUCUUGGAAA